CGCAGUAGCAAGCCCCGCCCCUAUAUAUGUCACCACGCCCAGCAGCACCCGUCCACUCUGCACGUGCUGAAGAGUAAGCCUGGAUAGGGGGAGCAGGAAUACACUCAGAAGAUGACAACGCUGCAUGGAAGGAGAUAUAUUCGGGCAUUUGUAAGUGGAUUCUUUGUGGCUGUACCGGUUACUGUGACAUUACUUGACCGCGUUGCUUGCAUUGCAAGGGUGGAAGGAGUUUCAAUGCAGCCUUCGUUGAAUCCAGGCGGAAGAAAUGAAUCAGAUGUAGUGCUGUUGAACCGAUGGAGAAUACGAAAUUAUGAAGUUCAGCGCGGGGACAUCGUCUCUUUAGUGUCUCCAAAGAACCCUGAACAGAAGAUUAUUAAACGAGUGAUUGGUCUGGAAGGAGAUAUUGUAAAAACAGCUGGAUACAAGACAAGAUUUGUCAAAAUUCCCAAUGGACAUAUGUGGGUGGAAGGUGACCACCAUGGCCACAGCUUUGACAGUAAUGCUUUUGGACCAGUUUCACUUGGCCUUCUGCAUGCACAAGCCACCCAUAUCUUGUGGCCACCCAAACGAUGGCAAAGAUUGAAUCCAUUUCUACCUGAAGAACGCAAACCAAUCCACGCUGACAAUGAUUGAAUUCUGCUAAAUGAUCCUGAGUGCAAUUUAUAUAUUUAAUACUCUUUACUGAGUGCAAAUUAUGUAAUUGUUUCAUUUAACAUUGUCAAUGUUGUAGCAUAUCAGAGUUCAAAAACAACAAAUUUUGUUAAUUUGGAAUUAUUUUUGUUAUUUUUCAUACUGAUUUUUUCACUUUAGUAUCCUAUAUUAAAUGUAGAAAAUCCUAAUCAUA